AUGAAGAAUACACGGGAAGACGAGCCGCGGUCGAUGACCAAGUUGUCAGGCGCAGCCGUUGAAGCUCAGCAGCGCCAAGACAUCACAAUCAAAUCUGCCGCCGGCACUGCAUCGACGGAUCUAAACUCCAUCAAGACCCCGUCUAUCUCUAUCAUGCCGAGCACUGCCAACGCAAGUCAACGGCAACGUACAGUCAUCACCACCACGACCAAAGGGCGUACACGCAGGGUGGUGACCACUACUACGACCCUAAGCGACGUCCCAAUGACUACAACCAAUACAUCGUCCACUGAAAUUGCGGUCGCAGUGAAUACCGGCAAGUUUACAUUCAUCCCUGAGAGCUCCAGAGACUUUACACUGCAUCCAAGACAAGCAUCACGCGCGCAUUUGUCGACGCUACUGGAGGAGUCCAGCUCGGAUGAGGCAAAGGCCUCCGUCGCCUUCGAAGCGGUCAUUGACCUGCAUAGCUGGCUGCAGGAUGGAGACACUCCUUCGGGCUUGACGAUGAGCCGCGUCUUCUUUAGUAUGCCGCUGCUGGCAUUGACGCAGUGCGCUAACUAUCUUAACUUCCUUGAAACUACGGGACUGACCCACGAGAUCAUGGUCAAGAACUCCGCCACCGCCGUGGGCCACAGUCAGGGCGUAGUGAGCGCCGUCAUCUUCUCGGCGGCUAAAACAGCUCAAGAGCUCGUAGAUAUCGGCGUCUCCGUGCUGCGCUACAUGUUCUGGCAGGGACUCCGCGCGCAGGAGACAUACCAGCACCAGCUGACGCAAUACAAGCAGAAUGGCAAGAAUGUCGAGAACGCCGGUCCUAUGCUGGCCGUACGCGGGCUCAAGAAGGAGCACGUUCUCAAGUCCAUCGAGGUCGCCAAGCGCCGCACCAAAUCACCCGACCUACAUCUCUCUCUUAUCAACGCAUCCGACAUGAUGAACGUGACGGGCUUCCCAGCAACGCUGACUCUGUUGAAGCAGGCCCUUGAGGGUCUGUUCGCCAAGCCGGACGCCAACCAGACCCGCAUCCCUCACUCACAGCGGAAACCCACGGGUUCGCUGUCAUUCUUGCCGCUCUCGGCUCCAUUCCACACACCACUGCUGACCGAGGCCAAGCCAAAGCUGUUGCAGGACGUGCAACGAGUCAAGUGCGUGAUUAAGGGCAGUCAACUGCAGGUGCCCGUGUAUGCUACCAACACGAAAGCCACCAACCUCCAGACGGUGGACGACGUGGUCGAUGAACUAAUUAACAUGCAGCUACUGGAGCUGGUGGACUGGACGGCGACAUGGGCAAAGAUCGCUGAGCACCACUCAAACGCUACGCACAUUCUGGAGUUCGGCCCCGAUCUUGGCGUAGCCAAGCUGAGCGACAAGGCUGCAGAAGGCCUGGGCAUCGAAUUGGUCAUCGCGACUGCCAAGCACCCGGUUAUGAGCUCCUCGACGACGUCUGCUCCCCUUGUCGGUCUGCAGCAGUUCAUCGAUGCUGCACCGACGUUCACGUCCGUCGAGGCUACGUGGGUGGAGAAGUUUGGCCCGCAAGUGACCGAAUCGGGCAAGCUGGUCAACAGAUUCACGCGCGCGCUGAACAAGCCGCCUGUUAUGGUGGCCGGUAUGACGCCGACCACCAGUUUAGAGGGCAUCGACCUUGUUGCGGACAUCCAGAAUGCUGGUUUCCACGGUGAACUGGCUGCGGGUGGCCUGUCGCGUCCCAACAUCUUCGAGGACGCAGUGAACGAGCUCGUGUCAAAGAUCAAACCCGGUCUCGGUAUUGCGAUUAUCAUGCUGUACCUGAACGCGAAGCAGUGGGGCUUCCAGUUCCCGAUGGUGCUACGUAUGCGUCGCAGCGGUGUGCCUAUCGAGAGUAUCACUAUCGGUGCCGGCAUUCCGACCAAAGAGCGUGCGCUUGAGAUGAUGUCGCAGCUGGAGGAUGUGGGUAUCAAGGUGGUUUGCUUAAAGCCUGGUUCUGUAGACGGCAUCCACGCUGUGCUGGAGAUUGCUGAGGCCAUGCCGAGUAUGACUGUGAUGCUGCAGUGGACAGGCGGUCGUGCUGGUGGCCACCACAGCUUCGAGGACUUCCACGAGCCGAUGGAGGAGACGUACGCGGCCAUCCGUCGUGUGUCGAACGUGCUGCUGGUUGUUGGCUCUGGUUUCGCUCGCGGCCACCUGUUCAAGAUGCCGGCAGACGGUAUCCUCAUGGGCUCGCGCGUGAUGGUUGCGAAGGAAGCUGCGACUGCACCAGAGGUCAGGAAGCUGUUGGUAGACACGCCUGGCAUCGAAUCCGAGCUGGAGUGGGAAACGAGCUACACGGGCGAGAUUGGCGGCGUGAUCACGGUCACGUCGGAGCUGGGAGAGCCCACCCACGUCGUGGCGAACCGCUGUACUCUGCUGUGGAAGGAGUUUGACGACAAGUACUUCUCCAUCCCACGCGACCAGGUUGAGCUGGCCCUCCGUCUGAACAAGAAGGACAUCAUCACGCGUCUGAAUGCCGACUACCAGAAGCCGUACUUCGGCUGCGAACGCAAUGUGGAGACUGGCGAGAGUGUACCCGCUGAUCUGGAGGAGAUGUCGUAUGGCAAGCCCCAUCGCUGGGUGCACGACACCUUCUUCUCUCGUGUGAGCAAGUUCAUCACGCGUACGGAGGAGCGAUUCCGUCGUGAAAGUUCUGGUGACCUGUUCGACCAGUCGGAGCUCAAGGCGAACCCGAGAGGGACGGUGACGGCAUUUAUCACCAAGUAUCCCCAGACGGUGUCAACUCUGCUGUCAGUUCCGGACUGUGACUUCUUCCUGGAUCUGUGCCGCACUGGUGGCAAGCCCGUGAACUUUGUGCCUGCGAUCGACACGGAGUUCAAGACGUGGUUCAAGAAGGACUCGCUGUGGUACUCAGAGGACUUGGACGCCGUUCCGGAACGUGACGCCCAGCGUGUCUUCAUCCUUCAAGGCCCCGUGGCCGCUCGCUACAGCACUGUCGUGGACGAACCCGUGGCGGAUAUCCUAAACGGCAUUGCCACCGGCUUUGAAAACGUUGUGAAGGAAAGCGGCGCGGUUGCUGCUGCCACGGCUGCGUCUGCCAAGCAGACGUACCACCCGGAGCUGUCCUGCUCCAUCCACGCGGAAGGCAGCGGCUUCAUCGAUAAGGUUAAGGCGUUCUACGCUCGCUUCUGGGUGGCGGUUGAGGACAAGGAAGAGGAGUCGUGCAAGGCUGCAUGCGAGGAAAGCGUCAUGUCUCCUUUCACUGCUGAGUUCUCCAUUACAAAGAAGGACGUUGUUGACUACCGUACUGCUCUGGGCCUGAAUGACGACGAAGAAGGCGCUCCGGCUGACUUCUCGACGAUCGUGUCGUGGCGUCCGCUGAUCCAGUCGGUGUUCACAAAGGAGGUGAAGGGCAACCUGCUAGAUCUGGUGCAUCUGAAGCACUCGUACAAGCUGCUGUCGUCGCGCAAGGCUUCGGCCACGUUCCUGCCUGGCGACGAUAUCGUGAGCACGUCGAACGUCGGCAGUCUGCGCAUCAUCGACAGCGGCAAGAUCGUGCACGGCGUGGCUAUCAUUUCUCGCAAGACGGUGGACGAUCAGAUGGUGGAGAUGCUUGAGCCUCUCGUGGAGCUGCACAGCGAGUUCCUGAUCCGCGGCACAUUUGAUGACUUCAAGUCGACAUUUUCAAUCGACAAGUCGACGGACGCCUCCGUGGAGGUGUCGGGUACACUGUUCCGUGACGAAGCGGGCUCGAAUGUGGAGCUCGGCACAGUCGAGUUCAAGAGCAAUGACGCGAACGAGAGUCCUGUUGUGGCCUUUUUGCGCCAGAUGCAGCCUGAGGAUGCCAAGGCCAGAGGCAUGUUCUCGAACGGUGGCUCCCACAUGCUGGAGAAGCCGCUGGAGAUUAACGUCCCGACGAACGCUCUGGCGUACGCCGUGGCAUCUCGCGACCUGAACCCGAUUCAUCGCUCCAAGUACGCUGCGAUCCUGGGCCACCUGCCCCAGGGCAAGCCGAUCAUGCACGGUCUGUGGACGGCGACCAAGGUACGCGAUCUGGUGAUCCAGAACUUCGGUCUGGGCUUCGACAGCAACGUGGUCGACUACGACGUCAACUUCGACGGCAUGGUGUACCCGGGCGACAAGCUGUUCAUGCAGGCUCGUCACAUCGGCCUCGACAAUGGCAAGAAGGUGCUGUCUGUUGAGGUUGUGAACAGCUCCGGUGAAGGCGUGGUAAGCGCGCGUGCUGUCGUCAAGCAGGCGCCAAUGGCGUUCGUCUUCACUGGUCAGGGUUCUGCUGCUGUGGGUAUGGGCAUGGACCGCUACCAGGAGUCCUCAGUCGCUCGUGACAUUUGGAACCGUGGUGACUCUCACCUACGCGAGACUUUUGGCUUCUCGAUCCUGGAAAUCGUGCAGAAGAACCCUAAGUCUAUUACGGUGCACUUUGGCGGUAAGAAAGGCCUCGAGAUUCGAGAGAACUACAUGAAGCUGACUCGUGCCGACUCGGUGACGGGUGACGUUGCGGCACUUUUUCCUGAGAUCGACGAAGAUACUGAGAGCUAUAAUUUCUUCGCAUCUGAAGGUUUGCUAUUCGCCACCCAGUUCAGCCAGCCUACGUUGGUGCUGCUCGAAAAGGCCAUGUUCUCGGAGAUUAAAGCUGCUCAACUGAUUUCAGAUGAUGCUUACUUUGCUGGACACUCUCUGGGCGAGUACGCCAGUCUGAUCUCCUUUGCCGAUGCUCUAGCAGUUGAAGCCCUGAUGGACCUGGUGUUCCUACGUGGCAUGAUCAUGCAGAAAUCGGUAAAGCGUGACGCAGAAGGGCGUUCCGACUACGGGAUGGUGGCUGUAAACCCCACCCGUGUGAGCCCAGAUUUCGCUGAGGAAAUGAUGUACAAGAUCGUGGACGGCAUUGACGCUGCUUCGGGCAACUUACUGCAGGUUGUGAACCUCAACAUUCAGCAGUGCCAGUAUGUUGUUGCUGGUGAUAAUGUGAACCUGGAGACGCUGUCGCUGGCGUUAUCUGCCAUCAAGACGCUGAAGUCAACUGCUGCUGACGACGUGGAGAAGGUUAUGGCCGACUCGUUGGCACAAGCUCGUGCCCGCAAGCACACGUGCGAGCAGACUGGCCGUCCGUUUACGCUUGCGCGCGGCCUGGCGACGAUCCCGCUGGUCGGUAUUGACGUGCCGUUCCACUCGCGUGAGCUGCUUGGUGGUGUGCCGUCGUUCCGUGCGCUGCUGCGUACCAAGUUCGACCCGCAGGUGCUGGAGCGCCAGCUGCCGCUUCUGGUGGAUCGCUACAUCCCGAACCUGGUGGCGACUCCGUUCUCGCUGAAGCGCUCAUACUUUGAGGAAGUCUACGCUGCGACCAAGAGUCCGUACCUAGAGGAGGUUCUGAACCCCAUGCAGUGGAAGUUGGCGUCGAAGGCUCAGCUCGCGCACUUGCUUGUGGUGGAGCUGCUGGCGUACCAAUUCGCGUCGCCCGUCCAGUGGAUCAAGACGCAGGCGCUGCUGUUUUUGAAAGGCGAUGUUCGUCGCUUUGUGGAGAUCGGCCCUGCUCCGACGUUGACGAACAUGGCGCUGCGUACUGUCAAGGUUGGCGACUUCCCCGAUGUGUCGCGUGAGAUUUUGUGGUACCAGCGUGACCGCGAGGCUGUGCACUUCGAGGAGGAGACGGCCUACAUCUCUGCUGCCGAGUACGCCCGUGGUCUGGCUACCGAGGCUGCUGUUGAAGCUGCGAAGGUUGCUGCCGAGUCUGCUCCGAAGGUUGAGGAGGCCCUGGCUCCGGCACCGGUUGCUGCACCUGUUCAGGUGCAAGCUGCUCCGGUUCCUGUUCCCGCCGCUGCUGCUCCUUCGGCUGCCGAUGCUCCGGUGUCCGCUCUCCACGUCCUGCGUGUGCUUCUCGCUGUGCGUCUGAACAGGGAGCUGACUAAGAUCAAGGAAGAAACGGACGUCAAGACGCUGUGUGCUGGUGCCGCUGAAGGAGCUGGCGUCCAAGUUCUCUGGCUACAACACGCUUGCAAAAUGCCUGGUGGCUUCACGAUGUCGAGUAUCAAGGAGUACCUGGGCUCGGAGAAGGGUCUCGGUGCUGGACGCAUGGAGAGCGUGUUGGCUCACUCUCUACUGCUGGCCCCGCAGACGCGUUUCAAGAGCGACGCGGACGCGCGCAAGUGGCUGGACGAGAGUGUGAGCGGCUACGCUUCAUUCGCUGGCAUCUCGCUUGACCGUCCGACGAUGGCUGCUUCGCCCGGUGCUGUGAGCAUGUCCUUCAACCCUGCCCCAGUGUCGAUCCCGACGGUGACUGACAAGCCGGUGGAGGCCAAGCACGCUCUGCUGGUCAUGCUGGCAGCCAAGUUCGGCAAGGCUUUCAUCGAGGUCCCGGAGACUGCGACUAUCAAAGAGCUGUCUGCGGGCAAGUCGGCCGUGCAGAACGAGAUUGUUGGCGACUUGGAGAAGGAGUUCGGCUCUGGCCCGGAUGAUGCAGCGGAGAUGAAGCUGGCUGAGCUAGCCGGCAAGUUCCCGGCCUACGCGUCGCCGGGCAAGGUGACGAGCGCUCUGAUUGCCAAGAUGCUGGCGAGCAAGAUGCCUGGCGGUUUCAGUUUGUCUGCCAUCAAGGAGUACUUGUCUAGUGAACGCUGCCUGCCGAGCAGCCGCAUCGAAAGUGUGCUGCUUCACGGUCUCACGCAGAGCCCGAAGGCGCGUCUGACUGAUGACGCGACGGCGAAGAAGUGGCUAGACGGCGUCGUGAAUGACUACGCUAAGCACGCUGGCAUUGAUAUCCCGUAUCUGUCGAAGCUGGGAGGCAUGAUGGCUGGUCCGGCGAUGGGCCAGCAGGUGAUGCAGUCGAGCUCGCUGCCCAGCGACUUUGAGAAGCGUUUGAAGACCAUAAUCGCGGACCAGAUCGACGUGCUCAACUCGUACCUGGGCGAGGACCAGUUGGACUGGCACCGCAAGAUCGAGACGGAGGUGGACAUGCGCGAAGAGAUGGAGUCUUCGAUGUCGCAGUGGGUGACGGAGCAUGGAGAGUUUUACAGCACUGGUGUUGUUAGCAAGUUCGACACCAAAAAGGAGCGUCAGUAUGAUAGCUAUUGGAACUGGACUAUGCAGGACGCGAUGGAGCUGUACCACCGCGCUGCGGUAGCAACCAAGGACGUGCCUGUGAGCGAGGUCCUUAUCACGCACCUUCGCAAUCGCGCUACACCGGAACUUGUGCGGUGCCUUCAAUACUAUGCAACGCGUGCUGAGAAAGAAGAUCGUACUGACAUCGCACGGUCGCUCACGGCUCUUGUGAAAGAGUGGCAAACUGCCAGACCUGUGACCGUGCAACGCUUUGAACCAACCAAGCCUCAACUUCAAAUUCUUGAGAACGGUCAACUCGAGUACAGUGAGGUUGCUCGGUACGGCGCAGUGGACUCAAUCAACUACGUUGAGGAGAUGGCUCGUGGGCUCGAGUACAACUCUUUGAUUAAAACUGGAGAGUUCGGUGCGUCUAGUAUCGAGAAGAAGGCUGUCGGAUAUGAACCAAACCCGACCGACAACGGCAGUACGACGAGCGAGGAUCUUGACAGUGAUGAGGCCGACAGCGGUAAAGAUGAUGAUGCUGCACAUGAGGAAUCAACGGAUACCAAUGGUAUUUUACAGAUUGGAAAUACUCGGAUAGAAACACUUGGAGAUGCUCUUCGUAGACGCGCGCAGCUCGAGUCAAAUCGGCACUCUGAAGUACAUUCGCCUUCGUUGCAGUACCGUAUGAACAGAAUGCUGAAGAAGACUGUGCUGCCGCAUGUGCAUGUUCGCAAGCCGUCUGACGUGGACCCAACGAUCCGUUUGUAUGACGUUGAAUCAACCUGCGUGCUGCUGUCGUGCAUGCGUGAGAUGGCCUCGACGGGUAUCUCGUUCGCUGGCAAGGUGGCAUUGCUGACUGGGUGCGGUAAGAACUCCAUUGCCGCUGAGAUCGUCAAGGCGCUUCUAGAAGGUGGCGCCACGGUGUUCGUGACUACGAGUAGCUUCAGUAUGACGACGACCGGCCUGUUCCGUGAGAUCUACGACCAGCACGGCAGUCGUGGUAGCCGUCUCAUCGUACUACCGUUCAAUCAGGCGUCUAAGGUGGACGUGCAGAGCCUGGUGGCGCACAUUUACGACGUACACAAACUGGAUCUGGACUUCGUGAUUCCGUUUGCAGCUCUAUCGGAGGUCGGACGCACGAUCACGGACAUCGACUCGCGUUCGGAGUUGGCCCUCCGUAUCAUGCUGACGAACACGAUGCGUUUGCUGGGUGAGGUUGUGACGGCCAAAAAGGCUCGUGACAUCACCACUCGCCCUGCACUUGUGAUCCUGCCCAUGUCGCCGAACCACGGCAACUUUGGGGGAGACGGUCUCUUUCGAUCGUCGGCGUACUCGGAGGGCUGGGAUGAUCAGCUUUCGAUCGUCGGCGCCAUUAUCGGCUGGACGCGUGGCACGGGCCUCAUGUCGGGCAACAACGUGGUUGCUGCCGGUGUCGAGAAGAUGGGAAUGCGCACGUUCAGUACGACAGAAAUGGGUUUCAACCUAAGCGCUUUGAUGCACCCAAAAGUUGUGAGGCAAGCAGCGCAGACGCCGAUUAUCGCAGACCUAACCGGUGGGAUGGCACAAGUGAAGGACUUAAAGGACCAGGUGGACUCUAUUCGUGCCGAUAUCGUGAAGAAGUCGAAGCUGCAGGCUUCUAUUCAUGCUGCACUGGAGAGCGACAAGAAGCUGCUGGCUCUGCCUUCGAAGAAGCAGGUGGCCACUCCCAGCUCGAAGACGUUUGCUCCUCGCGCCAACAUGUCGAGCUACUACUGCAACUCGUUCCCGAAGCUGUCGGGUGUGGCUGAUCUGUCUGCCUCGAAGAAGCAGGCGCUGUUGCGUGGCAUGCUGGACCUGCGUCAGGUUGUGGUCGUCACGGGUUUCGGUGAAGUAAGUCCGUGGGGUAACGCGCGCACGCGUUGGGAGAUGGAGUCGUACGGCGAGUUCUCGCUGGAAGGUUGCAUCGAGCUGGCGUGGCUGACCGGCCGCGUCGUGUUCGACAAGGGCAACUGGGUGGACGCAAAGACGAAGGAGAUCGUGCCGGAACACGAGGUGAAGCCUCGGUACGAGGAGGACAUCCUGAAGCACUCGGGUAUCCGUAUCGUGGAGCCCGAGCUGUUUGACGGCUACGACCCAAAGAACAAGAUGGUGCUGCACCAGGUGGCCAUCGACAAGAAGAUGUCGCCCAUUGAGGUGGCUGACCGUGAGGAAGCUCUGCAGUUCCGCGAGGAGCUGGGCAAGGAGAACGUGGACAUUUUCCAGAACGCGUCGGGUGCGUGGAUGAUCCGUCUGCGCAAGGGCUCUGUCCUGAACAUUCCUCGUGCUCUCAACUUCGACCGCUUUGUGGCUGGUCAGAUCCCGACCGGCUGGAGUGCUGAGCGUCUGGGUCUAUCGAAGGAUCUGGCGGAGUCGGUGGAUCCUACCACACUAUACGCGUUGGCGGCUACAAUGGAUACGUUCGUCGCAGCUGGCGUGACCGACCCGUACGAGUUCUACCAGUACGUGCACGUGUCGGAGGUCGGCAACACGUCCGGCGGUGGUAUGGGUGGUUUGCGUUCGCUGACACAGAUGUACAAGAACCGACUACUGGGCAAGCCUGCUCCGAGUGACGCGCUGCAGGAGACCUUCAUCAAUACGCCUCCUGCUUGGGUAAACAUGUUACUGCUGAGCUCUUCCGGCCCGAUCAAGACUCCCGUUGGUGCUUGUGCGACGGCUGCUGAGUCCGUCGACAUCGGCGCAGAGACGAUCAAGAGUGGCAAGGCUCGUAUCUGCAUUGUUGGUGGCUACGAUGACUUCGGUGAGGAGGGUGCUUUUGAGUUCGCUCAGAUGAAAGCUACUAGUGACUCUGUCAAGGAAACUGGCAUGGGCCGUGAACCCAAGGAAAUGUGCCGUCCGUGCUCGACUACGCGUGGUGGCUUCAUGGAGAGUCAUGGUGCGGGUAUGCAGCUGCUGAUGGACGCUCAGCUUGCUCUGGAAAUGGGUCUGCCGAUCUAUGGUAUCGUCGCGCUGACCAGCACUGCAACAGACAAGAACGGCCGAUCCGUCCCAGCACCUGGCCAGGGUAUCUUGACGACGGCGCGUGAGUCAUCGGAUAACACGAAGCCGUCGCCUUUGCUAGACGUGGAGUACCGUCGCCGCCAGUUUGACGAUGAACUUGAGAGUAUUGAGAAGUGGUGUGCUCGUGAGGAGGAUCUAAGCAACGGUGACGAAUCCCGUCUAGCUUUCGUUGAGAGGAGGAAGUUGCGCAAGGUACAAGCGGCGCAGGCAACUUGGGGCAACGAUUUCUACUGUGGUGAAGCGAAUAUUGCUCCUCUUCGCGGUGCGUUGAGCGUGUGGAACCUCGACAUCGAUGACGUGGGUGUUGCCAGCUUCCACGGCACGGGCACCAAGGCUAACGACAAGAACGAGAGCGAGGUGACGCACAAGCAGAUGGCUCACCUGGGUCGCUCUCCAGGGAACCCGCUGCCUGUCAUCUGCCAGAAGAACCUGACGGGCCACCCCAAGGGAGCGGCAGGUGCUUGGAUGCUCAACGGAUUGCUGCAGGUGCUCAACUCGGGCUUGAUCCCAGGCAACCGUCAGCUGGACAACACAUGCGAGACCCUGCGCAAGUAUGACCAGCUCGUGUACCCGAACCGUAGCUUCCAGACCAUGGGCGUCAAGGCCGUGAUGAUGAAGAGUUUUGGCUUCGGUCAGGCCAGUGGUGAAGUGCUGUUGGUGCACCCGGACUACCUGCUGUCUACGUUGCCAGCUGACGAGCUCCAGCACUACUCGGCUCACCGCGAACAGCGUCUGAUCAAGAUGAACACGCACACACAGAGCGUGAUCACCGGCAAGCAUUCGCACAUUCAGGUGAAGAACGAGGCGCCGUACUCGUCCGCGCAGGAAAGCAACGUGUAUCUGGAUCCUACGGCUCGUGCCAAGUACGACGUGACGUCCAAGACGUGGCGAUUUGGCGGCGCGGACUCCCUGACUGCGGAGGAAAAUCACCGCCCGCGUGCUGAGAAGUGCGCGAAGAAGGCGAAGGCUGCUGUGGAAGCGGCGUCGUCGACAAAAAGGACCUCGGACGCGCACGAGGCUGACUCGUCCUCGACGCUGUUGACUGCCAUCAACCAAGCGGCGACGGACCUGGGCCUGGCGUCCAAGAACAUGGGCAUGGGCGUGGAUGUGGAGCCCGUGGCCACGUUCGAGAACUUGAACGGCCGUGAGGACUUCAUCCGCCGCAACUUUACGGACCAGGAGAUGGCGUACUGCUACAGCGCGUCUCACCCGGCCGCGAGCUUCGCCGGUCGCUGGGCUGCCAAGGAGGCUGUGAUUAAGGCCAUUUCCAGCUCGGCACCGACUGAGCCGAACCUGUGGAAGGGUGCUGGCGCUCCACUCUGUGAGAUCGAGAUCUGCAUGACGGCAUCUGGCGCGCCGUCUGUGUUGCUAUCUGGUUACCCGCUGCAGGUGUUUAACCGCUUGGGCUUGUGGAAGCUCAGCGUGUCAAUUAGUCACUCGGGCGAUUUCGCUGUGUCUCAAGCAGUGGCCAAGUUCCAGCACGAAUAGAUCCAAAGAAUUUGCAUAUUUUGUAUAUUGUUUAAUGUUGUACGCGAACUAAAUCGAAUGAAUUUAUGC